ACGAGCCCAAUUCGUAUUGUGGCGGACGCACAGUAAGCUAGUCCACACUCAGAAGGCCGUCGAGUUGAGUAGCAGGGGAGGUAGCUGGCGAUGAGGCUCACCGGCGACAUACCGCCGAAUCAAACGAUAUACAUUAAGAACUUAAACGAGAAGGUCAAGAAGGAAGAGUUGAAGAGGUCUCUUUAUUGUUUAUUCUCACAGUAUGGCAGAAUAGUGGACAUUGUUGCUUUGAAAACAACUAAACUUAGAGGGCAGGCCUGGGUUGUCUUCAGCGAAGUUACAGCUGCUAGUAAUGCAGUGAGACAGAUGCAGAAUUUCCCGUUUUAUGAAAAACCAAUGCGGAUACAAUAUGCAAAAACCAAGUCUGAUUGCAUUGCUAAAGCUGAUGGUACUUAUGACAAGAAAAAGAAGGAUGAUGAAAAAAGCUGACAAGAAGAAACACACAGAAGAAGCAACUGGUGCAGCUAAUGGCCCAAGAGGUGCAAAUGGAGGCCCAACAACGGCUGCUGCUCGCCAAGGAAAGGCAGGAGGAACACAAGAAACAACAGAGCCAAACAAUAUACUAUUCAUACAGAAUCUGCCUCAUGAGACUACAAGCAUGAUGCUGGAAGUGCUGUUCAAUCAGUACCCUGGGUUUAGGGAGGUCCGGAUGAUAGAAGCAAAGCCAGGGAUUGCCUUCGUGGAAUUUGAAGAUGAUGGUCAGUCUUCCGUUGCCAUGCAGGCCCUUCAAGGCUUCAAAAUUACACCGCAGAAUCCCAUGGCUGUCACCUAUGCCAAGAAGUAGCGGCACUCCCCAUCCACAUCACACUAAGGUGUCAUCACAUGGUAUUCAAGAUUUUUGUGGUGGUCCUAUGUUUAACUCUUGCUUCUCAUAUUCUGGGUUUCCCCAUGUAUGAAGCGUUUGAUGCCCUGUAAUAUUUUGAUUGAUUGGUUUUCAAUCUCAAGAGAAACAUAAAUGCGGAAUCUGGUUACUUUUUUGGUGAAGUAAAUUAUAUUCUAAAUUCCUACCAUGCAUAUGUUUACUGGGUGUCUUAAAUCAU